AUGGAGGUGCUGGUCCUGGCCGGAUACAGCGCGCAGAAAAAGGACGAGCUGAGCCUGACGCCCGGGGACGUGGUCCGGCAGGUGUGCAAUGGGCCCGCACGGGGCUGGCUGCGUGGAGAGCUGGGGGGCCGUUGUGGCCUCUUCCCCGAGUGCCUGGUGCAGGAGAUCCCUGAGACUCUCCGCGGCUCGGGGGAGGCGCCGAGACCGCGCUGUGCGCGCCGCCGAGGUCACCCCGUCGAAUCUCCGGGCCCCCAAAGAUGGUGCAAAGUGAACUUCAGCUACAGCCCGGAGCAGGCGGACGAGCUGAAGCUGCAAGCUGGGGAGAUUGUGGAAGUGAUAAAGGAGAUUGAGGACGGCUGGUGGCUGGGGAAGAAGAACGGGCAGCUGGGAGCCUUCCCAUCCAACUUUGUGGAGUUGCUGGACAGUGGGCCCCCAAGCCUUGGAAACCCAGACAUGCCUUCAAUCAGCCUUGGUCCCCAGCGGGCCCCCAAGCUGAGCAACCUGACCUAUGACAGCCCUCCAGACUACCUGCGGACAGUCUCCCACCCUGAGACCUACAGGGUCCUGUUUGACUACCAUCCCGAGGCCCCAGACGAGUUGGCGCUGCGGAGGGGGGACGAGGUGAAAGUACUGAGGAAGACCACAGAGGAUAAGGGCUGGUGGGAAGGAGAGUCUCAAGGCAGAAGAGGACUUUUCCCAGAUAACUUUGUGCUCCCACCACCCCCGAUCAAGAAGCUGGUCCCACGGAAAGUGGUAUCCCGGGAAUCAGCUCCUAUUAAGGAACCCAAAAAGAUGAUGCCCAGAACAGCCCUCCCUAUGGUCAAGAAGCUGGUGACAGCCCCGACUGGGCCAAGCAAAGCCAAGCCAUCUUGGACACCCAGCGGAGACAGUCAGAAGUGCCCUUCCCGAAACUGCAGCUCCAGCAGCAGUUUCCUCAGUGGGUGUCCAGGCCAGAGUGGCAGAAAGCGAGCCCAAACCCAGGCUUCACAGCAACGCUCUGCAGCCGGUCAGGGCAAAGAGCAGAGCAGCCUUACAAAGGCCCCUCAUGUGAAUCAAACCCCAACUCUGGACAAGACCCCCAGCCUAGAGAAGACCCCAUCUCCGGAUAAGGCUGGCAGCCCAGAGAAGACCUCAUCUCUGGACAAUGCCCGCAGCCCAGAGAAGACCUUGUCUCCAGAUAAGGCCCCCACUCCAGAGGAAUCCCUAACUCCAGAUAAGGUCCCUAUCCUAGAGGAGACCCCAACUCUGGAGGACAAAGCCCCCAGACCAGACAGGGUCUUUUCUGUGCAUGAGGCCCCGGUCCCAGAAGUCCCACCUGGUCCAAAGAUGGCCCUUCCUAGGGACGAGGCCCACACCCUAGGAGAGGUCUUGACCACCAAACAGGUGCUCUCUGAAGAGGCCUCCACCGGAGACAACACUCAGUUCCAUCACUUCUCUCCGGAGGAAGCCCUGCUAAACGCCAGGUCUCUUGAGGCUCAAUCCCAGGAGGAGGUUCACAUGCCAGGGGAGCAGCCCCUCUGCACGGUGAAGCGUCCCCUGGAUAAGACGGACGGCUCCCCUCUCCAGUCCGAGCCCAAGUCCAAGUCAGGGUCUAUGCCUGCCCUCGAGAAGGCCUACCUCCAGCAAGAGGCUACCACUCUCCUGGAGGAGGCACCAGCGAAGGAUGAGGCUACCCCCAAAGAGGAGGUGUCCCCCGGAGAGGUAUCCCCUGCUCAGAAGAAUCCACAUCCUAUCGUGCUGACUCCAGAGCCCCAAAUGACUCCCACCCUCCACCCCUUGGCCCCGCAAAAUCUCACAGAUAGCAAAAGUGACAGAGACGGCAUGGUGAGGAUAAAGGACGAGGUGGAGGCUUUAAGGAGGUCGCUGGAGCUGAUGGGGGUGCAGCUGGAAAAGAAGCUGACUGACAUCUGGGAGGAGCUGAAGAGCGAGAGAGAGAAGCACGUGUUGCUGGAGGUUCAGAUGACGCGGACGACCCAGGAGUCCCGGAACCUGGGCUCCUUCCACGCGCAGACGCAGACGCACUGA